CGGCUAAAUUUCGAUAUAUAAAUAUAAUUUUACGUUUUAUUAUAGCAGUUGCUGCUGUUAAUACGUUUUGGUGAUCGCCAAUCGGUAGAUUCUAUUCUACUUUACUAGGUACUACUGUACUAGGUAAUUCUCAAAUCAAGAUAAUAGUAGAUACUAGGCACAUUAGUCAUCGUGUGUAGCUAUUUUUGUCGUAAGCGUUAAACGCGGAUUCCAACUCGAUAACACUACAUAACAGUUUAACACUAAUGACUAAUACCUUCAAAGCUACAUCCAUCAAUACAUAUUAUACAGUAACCAUUAUCCACAGUUGAUCAGUUCUCAGAUUGCCUCCAAUGUCCGCUGUAUACAGUUCUCCGAUGACUUUCGAGCACUAAAUACCGAGUAAUCAGUGUCAAAGUCCAGCAGAUGUCAAAGGCUUACCGUCAGUUCGGUGGCUCGGUCCGUAAACCGUUGAUGUCGUUCUGCGUUCAAGAAUAACUACCAUGAAGUUAUCGAGAUAUUGACAAACAUCAGUCACGUCUUUCUGUUCUUCGGUCUUCGACUACAGUAUUAUUCAAUAUAAUAUUAUAUUAUUAUUAUUAUGACGUCACUACGUUGUACGUUUACAAUAAUCUGUUAGUUUGUGUGUAAAUAUCGCGUUUAUGUUAUAGUUUACAUUAAACCCUGUUGGUACAUAUCUGUACGCCAAUAACGAUAUACCGAUUUUAUUUUUAAAAUGAAUGCCAAUUACAAACCAUUCGACAGGGAUGGACGGAAGAAAAAUUUAAGAGAAGGACUACCAGCCUAUGCUUAUUCACGGGGAGUUGAAUUGCGUAGUGAUAAAAAUCCUUACUUAUACAUGCAGUCAGAAGUGUAUGAUCCUAGAAGAAAUGUUCUUAAUAUUAGCUAUCCUAUAAAUGUUCCUGAAUUUGAGCUACCAAAUGAAGAGCAAAUAUCUUACUAUGAACAAUUAAUGAUGAUGAGCAAUGAAACUAUUGUGUUAAAUAAUUUCUUAGAUGAAAAAGGAACUCUGGUCUAUCCAAAAGUUAUUCCCAAGAAACCCGAUUCAGUUCAAGAACUUUCACUUAAGAAAUCAACACUAAACAAAUGUUCAUCAGAAAUUUUACCAUUUUACAAAAUAUGUUUUGAGAUAAUGAAAGUACCUACAAAAGAUACAAAAUGGAAAUUAUGUUUAAUUACUGAACAUUCGACUGAGUUACGAUCUGAAAUACAACAAAUUUACUUACAUAUGUGGUCAUAUUACAAACAUUAUAUGGAAAAAGUUGAUUUAGGCGUGUUAGAUACUUGUAAUCGAAUAAUGGGAUUUGGACAAUCUGUGACAGAAACUGAACGUAUUUAUCUUACAAUUCGGGAUGAUUAUUUAAUGGCAAUGCAAAUAUUGGUUUUAUUAAAAUGCACACUAUCCAAUCAACAUUUAUCUGUUUUUAAAGAAAUUAUGGAAACACUAGAAUUAUGGAAAAUACUAUUACAGAAGAUGAGUACUAAUCCAAAGAUGUAUGAAUUGUCAUCAUAUAAUACUUCUUCAGAGAUGGCAGAAUUGUUAGAACUACUAACUAGAAGCUAUUUCAAAACAAGGCAUUAUUUAGAAGCUUGUUUUGUUUUAAUGGUUAAUAAAGAAGAUACCAUUAAAGAACAGCGGGUCAAAGAUGAUAUGUUAUGCAAAUAUUGGUAUUUAAUGGUCGACACUCCAGAACAUAAGUUAUAAGUUAUUUAAGUAUUUUAAAACUGUUUGACAAUUUUAUAAGUGAUUGUUAAAAUUGCAACUCCUAAUUUUAAGUCUUAACAGUUACUUUUUUUUUUCUGUACCAAUUUAAUGAUUUUUAUUUGUUUUAUUUAAAGUGAUGUUUUAAGUAUAUAUUUAUGAAUUUUUUUAAUUUACAAAUAGUAUAUUAUAUUUAAUAAAACCAAAAUAAUAUUUGGUUACAAGUAGUAUCCAAAACUGAGUUGGUAUUAUACUAUAGUUUUAAUACAAAUCUGUAAAUUUAUAAAUAAAAUAAAACCCAGUGAAAUUUUAA